AUGUCGAAACGGACAAGCAGCGUAGCCACCAAUGGCAAGGCAGCCAAAGAUGCUGCUGAUAGCUUCGCCGAGCCUGCCCACGACAAGCAGAAUCUCCUUCUCGCGGCCGACCCCGGUCACUUUUCUUUGAUCCGCGCCCUCCACCUCGCCGACGCAAUUACCCUCUGUAAUGGAGCUUGUGGUGUCAUGUCAAUUUUUACCUCUCUGCGCUACUGUCUUGGCGAUCCCUCGUCCACUAGCACGCUGUACCUCGCCCUCUCCUUCCUACCAUUUGGCCUCUUCUUCGACUUCAUGGACGGUAAAGUUGCACGUUGGAGAAAGAAGAGUGGUAUGAUGGGCCAAGAGCUUGAUUCUCUGGCUGACCUGAUCUCUUUCGGCGUCGCUCCUGCUUCUGUGGCCUUCGCCCUUGGUUUGCGCACACCCAUCGACCACCUCUGCCUGACCUUCUUUGUCCUCUGCGGCCUCACGCGUCUCGCUCGUUUCAACGUAACUGUCGCCGCUCUUCCCAAGGAUGCAACUGGAAAAAGCAAAUACUUCGAAGGCACUCCCAUCCCUACCAGUCUUGGCCUUGACGCUGUGAUGGCGUACUUGGUAUCUCAGCGUUGGAUUCUUCAGGACCUUCCUCUCGGAACGUGGCUGUCGGGAACUGCACUGGAAUUCCACCCCAUUGCUCUUGUGUUCGUGGUUCACGGAUGCCUUAUGACCAGCAAGAGCAUUCAUAUUCCCAAGCCUUAG